AUGCGCUUGACUGUUUUGCUCUGUGCAAAUGCCGAUGGAAGCCAAAAGUUAACGUCUCUUGUGAUCGGUAGAGCAGAGAAACCACGGUGUUUCAAAAAUAUCAAAAGUUUUCCUACCGAUUACGAUUCAAACAAAAACGCAUGGAUGACGCAAGCAUUAUUUAAAAAUUUUCUUCGAGAACUGGAUAAGAAAAUGAGUUUUCAAAAGCGCAACAUAAUUUUAUUCCUAGACCAAUGCACUGCUCAUUUAAACCUUAAAUUGAAAAACGUGCGAAUAGAGUUUUUUCCAGUUAACUGUACGAGCAAACUUCAACCACUGGAUUUAGGAAUUAUACGAUCAUUUAAAGAGAGUUACCGGAAGCAACUGGUUAGAAAAUCUCUAAUGUUUCUUGAUUCUGGUGACUUUCAGGAUGCUUCUAAGGCAAAAAUUAAUGUUCUUGAGGCUCUUAAUUUGAUAUCUUCAGCUUGGGACAGUGUCGACCGAAAGUGCAUUAUCAAUGGAUUCAAUAAAGCAGGAUUUUCAAUAUCGGAGGAGGAGAGCGCUGUUGUUUUGGAAGAAGAAGAAGGUAGCGUGUCUGAAGUUGAGGACCUUCCGGAAGUCGAUGAUGCAUACAUCGACUGUGACACAGAUAUCAUUACUUCAGAAAUCCCUUCCAUAAGUGAUUUAAUGCCUGAUUCCGACGAUAGUGCUGAUGACGAUGAAGAUGAAAUAACAGAAGACGUGCCAACAGCUGAUCAAGCGAUACAAAGCAUAAAAACUCUAAAACAAUUUUUACUUGCAAAUGUAAAUCAAGAAGCAAAUUUGCAAAAAAUUGUUAGUAUUGAACGAGCUGUAUACGAAAUUGUAGCUAGAAACGAAAAGCAAGUAAAGAUUACUCAUUUUUUCCAUUAA